GAACUUAAAGAACUUCUACAACUUCUUCUACGCGUUCGGCAAAUAUGAAAAAUUUAGAAGAAAUCUUAAAUGACAUCAACAAAUAUAUUAAUAUCGACAAAGAUCGUCAAAAAUACGCAUCUAACUUUGUCACAUUAAGAGAUACAAUUUUUAAUAAGCUAAGAAAAAGAGAACCGUUUGGAAGCAUAUUCAAGGGUUUUCAGUUGGGUGGCAGCUAUGGAGAUAACUUGAAAGUAACUAAACCAAAUGAGUAUGAUCUUGUUUUCCACAUAAGAUUCCCCGACAAUAAUCUUAUUUCAGUGCGGAAAGAUAAUGAUCUACCUGGCAAUGUCCACAUUGAUCUAACCAAAGUUAUGGAAAAGAUUCGUAAAGAAAAACAAAACGAAGUAAUUUAUAAGCACCUAUUGCGUUGGGUUAAUGAAAAGAAUUAUUUAAUUAUUAACAAACUACAAUCGUACUUCUUUAGCUGCUUUACCAAGGCAAUGCAAGAACUUGAUUAUAGAAUAAACGUCAACAACGAAGUAUUCAAACUGCGUUAUACACGAGCGGGACCAGCCCACACUGUAGAAGUAACCGGUGAUGUAGAUUUUAACUAUUCCGUUGAUUUUGUCCCAGGCAUUCUGCUGGAGGAAAAGCAAAGUAUUUUGCCAGGCGUAGGCCAGUGGGAAGCAAUACCUAAGCCUUUGUUCCUGGGACCGAAAGAUUACACUUCAUUUCGCGCGUCAUAUUAUCGGGAAGAACAUAAACUAAUUGACAAUAAACAUAAUUUAAAGAAUGCUUUGCGAAUGUUGAAAAAAUUCAGAGAUGCGCAUCAAAACAUGCUGAAAAUGAAGAGUUAUUUUAUAAAAACCUUAUUUUUAUGGAAAGUAAAAGAAGAAAAUUACACGAGCUAUUGGCGAAAAUCUUUACCGUUGAUUUUGAUUGAUAUGUUUAAAGACAUGGAAAAAAGUUUCAAUCAUAGAAAUUUACCAUUCUUUUGGGAUUCUCGCCUAAAUCUGUAUCAAGCUUAUUCGGCUAAUGUUUUAGUAGAAAUGUUCAAGUGUGUUCAAAGCGCCCGAGAAACUCUAGAAAAGGCCAACGUCGAAUUAACAAUCCCAUUAGAACCUCGAGUCUAUCGGAUCUUUUGUAAGUGGCGGAAAUUGAAAAAUGACAAUGACAGAAAUUCAACAGUCUCCACCGAACAACGUAACAAAUGAUAUUUUAUCUCCGAUUCCCGAAAAU